AUGGCUGCAGAACCUGAAGCAAAGUUCGCCAUACAUGAGGCCGCCCGUGAAGGCAAGACUUCCGUGGUGGAAUCACUAUUGAAUGCAAACCCAAAACUCGCUUCGCGUAAAGACGACGAUGAGCGUUUACCGAUACACUGGGCUGCAGCAUACAACCGAUUACCAAUCGUCGAAUUGCUCGUCUCGAAUAAAUACUUCGAUCCUGAUGUCACGGACGGCUCCGGUUGGACGCCACUUAUGAUCGCCGCGAGCUUGAAGAAUGCGGAAGGAGACGCUAUAAUUGAUUUAUUACUACGCAAGGAUGCCGAUGUCAACAUCAAAAGUGUAUCUGGUCAAAACGCUCUCCACUUCGCAGCUUCUAAAGCCAACCUAUCCACCGUCAAAAUUCUCAUCGCCCAUAAAUGCAGUGCGCGAGUCAAAGACAGGCGAGGCCAGCUUGCACUACAUCGUGCUGCCGCUGUUGGCUCAACUCCUAUAUUGAAGAUAUUACUCGAUGAAGGAAAGAGUCCUGUCAAUGCUACCGAUGUGGACGGCUUGACGGCGUUACAUCAUGCUAUUUCCGAAGGUCAUGGUGAUGCGGCGAUAUUGUUGAUGAAGGCCGGCACAGAUCUUGAAAAAAGAGACGGUGACGGCAACCUAGCUAUUGAUUUAGCGCCAGAUACCAAGGUUCGGAAAUAUAUCCUACAGACUGCAGAGCGCGAAGGCAUAGAACUACCUUGA